AUGAUGCCCGUUCGCCUAUACAGAAGCCUCCCAUCGCUAAUGGUGGUCCCACGCAGAACCUUCAUCGGCUCGCUUUUUGGCGGCUCGCUGAAGGCACAGGACAUCUUGGAAAAACAAGACGAGUACAAAGAGGAGCAGAAGGCUCCAAUCACAAUCCUCAAUAAGGAGAACUCACCCAACACAAAGCACUUCAAUGCCGAGGAAGACAUGCCGGACUUCAAAAUCCUCCAGUGGAAGAACACGGUCGUCAAGAAGAGUGAGCUUGAGGACAAAUACAACAGCGAGUCUGUGGCCGAAGCUAUAAACGAGACAUACACGCUGGUGUUCGGAAAGAGCUUAUCUCAGAGCGAGUACGCUUCGGCAGAUCUCUCUGAUUUGCAGCAGAGAUUCAGAUUCUUCAAGGCUUUGCAGCAGAGACUCGGCUUCGAUGUCUCCGACUACACAAUCACUCGUUCGCACAACGUAGGGUACUUGUUCGGCGAGUUGAGCAAGACGGUUGCUUCCAGAUGGUCGAGCGAAAGAAACCCGAACGCUAUCGUUUUGCGCACAGAGGACUUCCCUCAGCCCAAUGUGUACUUGAACCAAGAGUUGGACGAGUGGCAGCAGAACAAGCGUUUCGAGAAGUUGAGAGAGGAGGCUCAGAAAGUCGCCACGCAAUAA